AUCCUCGGUGUGACCGAAGCCUACAAGAAGGACACAAACCCUAAGAAAAUCAAUUUAGGUGUCGGUGCCUAUCGGGACGACAACAGCAAACCAUUUCUACUGCCGUCUGUUCUCAAAGCCGAAGAGAUAUUGAGAACAAAGAAUUUGGACAAAGAAUAUCUUCCGAUCAGUGGUUUCGCUGACUUCACGACCGCAGCCGCCAAACUGGCCUUUGGGGACAACAGUCGAGUCCUGUCCGACGGAUUGAACGCGACGGUUCAGGGAAUCUCUGGAACGGGUUCUCUGAUGUUGGGCGCAAACUUCCUCAGAGACUUCCACUCUGGUCCCAAAGAGGUCUAUAUGCCGACCCCCACGUGGGGUAAUCACAUCCCUCUGUUCAAAAGGGCGGGCUUUACAGUGAAACAGUACCGAUACUAUGACCCAAAAACUUGUGGAUUUGAUUUUAACGGCGCUCUUCAAGAUAUGGCUAAAAUACCGGAGAAAUCAGUGAUUCUUCUGCACGCGUGCGCUCACAACCCGACGGGAGUCGACCCUAAAGCCGAACAAUGGAAAGAGAUAUCAAAGGUUGUGAAGCAGAGGAAUUUGUUCCCAUUCCUGGAUAUGGCUUAUCAGGGGUUCGCCACCGGAGACAUCGAUCGCGACGCCACUGCUGUCCGAAUGUUCGUCGAAGAUGGCCAU